GGCUUCUGGCUGCAGCAAAGUGCGACUCGUAUGGAUAUCUGACAGAUCACGCCCAACUUUCUUGCUCUCGAACCGACACCGCCACAGACCGGGUUAGGAUACUUCUUCUCACGCGCAUGCCAUCCAACAUUCUGUCGGACCGCAGCACAUAAGUGCGUUGGACGCGACUCGCGAGUGCAACGUCGGCAGAACGGGAAAUAGGAGAAAUGGUACAGAGUCCUUUUAACCUUAUUUCCAAUUCAGCUUAUGCAGACUUCGUACCGGGUUGCUAACCGCGACAUGGACACGGCAUGAGAGGGCCACUUGAAGAGUUCUUUCCUACAUGAUCUGAGCCUAGACACAGGAAACGGUGAGUUGAAUAACGCGAAAGACUAUUUUUAAUUCUGCCUUAUUCAAUGUUGAUUGGGUGAUCCAUUCCACCUUACUCUGCAAUCGUGAUUCUCGACCACCACGGAGAGCGUAUAAGAAGGGUUGCAUCUAUCCCAGAUGACCAGAAGCAACAAUGUAUCAACCUCUGCACCAAGGACUCGUCAACACUCCCACGACACCCGAGGCGGGCCGCAAGCUGCAGGAGCUGCUGGCGCGGGAUGCUCGAGAACAUCAUUGCUUUUUCGAUGACAUCGGGCGCAAGAACCACAAUGCGCACCAUUUGGUUGCAGCGUACGAUCUGGGUGCGACUGGGGCUUUGCUGGCGAGAAUCUACGAAGAGGAGAGUGUGAUUCUCCGCCCCCUAGGCCCCCAGUACGAUAUAUUCACCGAUCAGACGUGGACGACGAGACUGGGCGAGCGACAGGCAUAUGCGAGCUAUCUCCUCUUCUUUGAGAAGAAGAUCGAAGCGCUCGGCGUCCAGAAGACGAUCGAGGAGUACGUGCUGGCCCCGGCAGCGAACGCGAACGGCGCUGCGAUGCUCAGCCGGUUUUUUAGCGGCGCCGUGCAUCCGAUCAUUCACGUGGGGCUCGGCGUCGAGGUUGGUCAAGACUGUGUCGUUGCACAAGGUCUCGCUCUCUGCGCUGUCGUAGAUGCCGACUUUGUCUCGAUCUUGUCCGGUCAGCCUUCGGGUUUGCCUGAGCUUUCCGCGGUUCCUACCAACGGUGCAACGCUCUUGUCUAUCCUCCGCGAGGUCUACGAGUCACCUACGCUUGGUCCCCUUCCCCCAUACAAUCCGCGUGAUAUGCUUGGCUUAGGUUUCAACCGAUUGACGGAGUCACCGGCCCGGGGCGCUGAGCUACGUCGGCUAUACGCCGGAUGGUCGCUCGAUACAACACUUACCGAUUCGGCCUUUGAAGCCGAGUGUCAGAAGAAGGUGGACGAGUGCUUCUGGCAGGCCACAUUGCUGACCGCAGCAGCGGGGCGCCCCGGGCGCGAGAAUCGGAUCGACUUCUUUCUCAUGCACACGCUAACCAGUGCUGUGUCGCUGCCUACGCUCUUAGCUGCGCUCCCGAACAAGAUGCACAAGGCGCAGCUGCUCCAGGCCCAUGCGCUCGCAUCUGCGCUGUGGGCCAUCGCGCGCGGUCGGCCUCGCAUCAACCCGGCGCUGCUGAUGUCGUGUCCCGACGUCGCCCUGGGACAACCGGGCGGUGAGGCCAACCCGUGGCUGCCCGUCACGCUGAAUGCUCUCGAGCACACGGACUCGCAUGUGAUCAAGACGAUCCGCACGCUGUACUAUGCGGCGCAGCGGCUCGGCCAGACGCCUGUCGGUGGGGUCCCAGGUGCAGUGGAUAGCGAUGGGAAGGAGACACACGAGGGAGCCAGUAGGCUCGAUGGGUCAGCCUUCGUCCGAGCUGCUAUCAUGACGAGCGAGACCCUCGGCUGGGUUGCGUUUGGAGGCGAACCAGGGCAGUGGGAUCGUAGCUCUCUCGGGAAAGAGCCACUUGGAGAGUUCUAUGCUGGACCAUCUGAGCCUAGAUUCAAGGAUCAAUGGCCAGAAAUAUCGAGAAACACCAUGUAUCAACCUCUCCGCCAAGGCCUUGUCAACACUCCCAACACACCUGAGGCCGCCCGAAAGCUGCAGGAACUGCUGGCGCGGGAUGCCCGCGACCAUCACUGCUAUUUCGAUGACCGCGGAUUCAAGAACCAUAAUUCCCACCACUUGAUUGCAGCCUACGACCUGGGCGCGACUCCCGCUUUGCUGGAGAAGAUCUACGAGGGAGAGAGCGUGCCGCUCCUGCCCUUGGGACCCCAACACGAUAACUUCACGGACCAGACGUGGACGACGAGGCUGGGCGAACGAAACGCGUAUGCGAGCUAUCUUCACUUCUUCGAGAAGAAGAUCGAAGCGCUCGGCGUCCAAAAGACGAUCGAGGAGUAUGUGCUGGCUCCGGCGGCGAACGCAAACGGCGCUGCGAUGCUGAGCCGGUUGUUUAGCGGCGCGAUACAUCCUGUCAUUCACGUGGGACUCGGCGUCGAGGUCGGUCAAGACUGUGUUGUUGCCCAAGGUCUCGCUCUCUGCGCUGUCGUGGAUGCUGACUUCGUCUCGAUCUUGUCCGGUCACCCCUCUGGUUUGCCAGAGCUCUCCGCCACUCCUACCAGUGGUGUAACGCUGUUGUCCGUCCUCCGCGAAGUCUACGAUUCGCCUACGCUUGCUCCACUUGCCCCUUACAACCCCAGCGACGUGCUUGGGAUCGGGUUCAACGACUUGACGGCGUCGCCCGCCCGGGGUGCUGAACUCCGUCGGCUAUACGCCCAGUGGUCGCUCGACACAACGCUCUCCGAUUCUGCUUUCGACGCCGAGUGCGAGAAGAAGGUGGACGAGUGCUUCUGGCAGGCCACAUUGCUGACCGCAGCGGCGGGGCGCCCCGGACGCGAGAAUCGGGUGGACUUCUUCCUCAUGCAUAUCCUCACGAGCGCCAUGGCCCUGCCGCCGCUGCUGGCCGCGCUCCCCAACAAGAUCCACAAGGCGCAGGUGCUCCAGGGCUACGCGAUCGCAUCUGCGCUGUGGACCAUCGCGCGCGGUCGGCCCCGCGUGAAUCCAGCGUUGCUGAUGUCGUAUGCGGAUGUCGCCCCGGCUCAGCCGGGCGGUGCGGCCAACCCGUGGCUGCCGGUCACGCUGAAUGCGUACGAACAGGCGGACUCGCAUGUGAUAAAGACGAUCCGUGCGCUGUAUUACGCUGCACAGCGGCUCGGCCAGACGGCUGCCGGUGCGGUGCCUGGUGCGGUGGAUAGUGCUGGAAAGGAGACGCACGAGGGAGCGAGUCAGCUAGAUGGGUCGGCGUUUGUGCGGGCUGCUAUCAUGACGAGCGAGACCCUCGGCUGGAUUGUGUUUGGAGGUAAGCAGGGGAGCUGGGAUCGUAGCUCUCUUGGGUGGGAUGCCGCUUGGGCGUGAUUGAAGCAAUGUCCGUGUAGGCUGAGAUGCCACAAUGUGUGUCUGUGUUACUUGAAUGUACAUUUCCCCCACUCAUCGAUCAGAGUGUGAGUGCCACUGAAAUGAGUCAACAAGC